AUGGUACGUCUAAGGGAAAUCCCAAGGACGGCCACUUUUGCCUGGUCGCCUGGCGCCGCAUCGCCAUUGAUCGCAACCGGAACCCGCGCUGGAGCUGUCGAUGCUGACUUCUCCAACAAAACAUGCCUCGAGCUGUGGGAUUUGGGCCUUGACCGUGAAGAUGCGAGCGAGGAGCUACAGCCGUUAGCUAAGCUUGAUACGGAUUCUGGUUUCAAUGACCUGGCCUGGACCACAUCCGAAGAUAACAAACGGGGUGUGAUUGCCGGCGGUCUGGAGAAUGGCUCAUUGGCGUUGUGGGACGCGGACAAGCUACUUGCCGGAGACAGUGAUGCAUUGAUCUCAAGAACCACAAAACACAGCGGUGCCAUCAAGGCACUUCAGUUCAACCCGAAACACCCGAAUCUUCUGGCAACCGGUGGUGCAAAGGGCGAGCUGUUCAUCUGGGAUCUGAACAACAUCGAGAACCCAUUCCGGCUGGGCAACAACGCCGCUCGCACCGACGAUAUCGACUGCUUGGAUUGGAACAAAAAGGUCCCCCACAUUCUGGUCACUGGUAGCAGUUCCGGCUUUGUGACGGUGUGGGAUGUCAAGACGAAAAAAGAGAGUCUGACCCUUAACAAUAAGGGCCGGAAGGCUGUCAGCGCAGUCGCAUGGGACCCCGCGAGGCCGACAAAGCUUAUCACAUCGUCACCCCUCGAGUCAGACCCAGUGCUCUAUGUCUGGGACCUGCGCAACUCCCACGCCCCGGAGCGCACACUCACAGGUCACGAGUCCGGUGUGCUCUCACUGUCUUGGUGUGACCAUGACCCGGACCUUCUCCUCUCGGCGGGCAAAGAUAACCGUAAUAUCUGUUGGAACCCGCAAACUGGCCAAGCCUACGGAGAGUUCCCCGUUGUCACGAAUUGGACUUUCCAGACCCGCUGGAACCCCCACAACCCCAACUUCUUUGCCACCGCAUCGUUUGAUGGAAAGAUCUGUGUACAGACUCUGCAGAACACGAAGACCGAUAACGCUCAGGCUAUCGCCGAUCAAAACCAGGCCCUGGACGGCGAGGACUUCUUCGCCAAGGCCCAGACCCAACCUCAGGUCUCCAAGUUCUCGCUGCCGAAAGCGCCUCGCUGGCUUGAGCGGCCUUGCGGUGCUACCUUCGGAUUCGGUGGCCGGGUCGUUUCCUUCGGCCUGACCGAGAAGGGCGCUCGUACAUCCACCAUCAAGAUCACGCCCUUCGAGGUGGAUGAGAGCAUCGGAAAUGCCACAGAAAGCUUUGAGACUGCAUUGAAGGAGGGCGAUAUUCGUAGCCUUUGUGAGUCGAGGGCUUCAGGUGCCUCCAACGAAGCAGAGAAGGCGGACUGGAAGGUGAUGCAGGCUUUGCUCUCCGAGAACCCACGCAAGGGCUUGGUGGAGUAUCUAGGCUUCCAGGACCAGGCCGACGAGGCUGCCGAUAGUCUCGCGCAGCUCGGUUUGGGCAAGAAGGAAGGCGAGGACACCGAUGGUGCUGCCGCCAAACCUGCCGAGGUCAAGAAGCACAAGCGUCUGCAAUCUAUGUUUGAUCCCAACCCCGAAGGUGACAGUUUCCUUUCUGAACUGGCUGCUUCUAAGGGUGCUCAGACCAACAACCCAUUCCAAAUCUUCAAUGGCUCAGAGAGCCAGGCAGAGCAGAAGAUCACUCGGGCUCUGCUGCUUGGAGAAUUUGAGAAAGCUCUGGAUGUCGCUCUCAGCGAGGAUAAGAUGUCCGAUGCUUUCAUGAUUGCUAUCUGUGGCGGUCCGAAAUGCGUUGAGAAGGCGCAGGAAUAUUAUUUCUCUAAGCAAGCCGGUGGACCAAACUACAUGCGCUUGCUCGCAUCUAUUGUGGGCAAGAACCUAUGGGAUGUAGUCCACAACGCUGACCUAUCCAACUGGAAGGAAGUGAUGGCUGCUUUGUGCACCUUUGCGGAUGAGAAGGAAUUCCCCGACCUGUGCGACGCUCUCGGCGACCGCCUCGAGGAACUAGUCCAGAAUAGCGAUGAUAAGAGCGCCCGCAAGGAUGCCUCUUUCUGCUUCUUGGCAGGGUCCAAGCUUGAGAAGGUCGUCGCCAUCUGGGUUGAGGAGCUCCGCGAGAAUGAGCAGAAGGGAGUCGAAAGCGACGCCGAGAAUAAUACCUUCUCCAUUCACGUCCGUGCUCUGCAAGGCCUGAUCGAGAAGGUUACCAUCUUCCGCCAAGUCACCAAGUUCCAGGAUACCGAGCGGAACAAGGACUCUGAGUGGCGCCUGAGCGUCUUGUACGACAAGUACAUUGAGUAUGCCGACGUCGUCGCUACUCACGGCCGCCUGCAGAUCGCACAAAAGUACCUCGACCUUGUGCCUGAGAAGCACCCUGAAGCAGAGGUGGCCCGCAACCGCAUCAGACUCGCCACUAGACAAGCACCCCAGAAGGCUCAGCCUUCUGCCGGAACGAAGUCUGCAUUCAAGCCCCUCCCGCAACAGCCCAACCUGUACCAGCCACAGCAAACUUUCAGCCCUGCUGCUUCCGCGACACAAGCUGCUCCUAACGCUUACGCCCCUCCUGCGCCUGUUGCGCCCCAGCAGGCCAAUGCUUAUGGCGCUCCCAUGACUAGCCCGCCAGCGCAGCCUGCCAACCCCUACGCCGCCAUCUCGGCCGGGGGAGGCUAUGCACCUGCUACCGGCUAUCAGCCAACUCAGGGAAUGAGGCCUACUGGAUAUGGCCCACCCUCUGCAUUCGGUGGACAGCAGCCUACAGGUGCUGGUGUCCCUCCUCCCCCUCGUGCCUCUUCUAACCAGUCGCCGGCGAACAAUAUCACGACAUACACUACGGCCACCGGUCUUCCUGCAUGGAAUGAUCUACCAGAGGGCUUUGCUAAGGCGCCUACGCCACGCCGUGGAACUCCUGCCGCUGCCGCCGCGCCCAUCGCCUCUCCUUUCCCUAACCAGUCACCGACUCUGCCGCAUGGGCCUCCCCCAGUUGGCGCACCGCGCGCACCAUCUGUGCCUCCCCCACCAAAGGCGGGCUCCAUGCCUCCACCGCGCAUGAUGUCGCCGCUAUCUGGUGGACAGCCUGUCUCCAAUAUUCCCGGACCUUCCCCGCCGCCACCUGCCAACCCAUACGCAUCUCUCCCCCAGUCUCCGCCGUUGGCUCAGGGCUCAACCAUGGCCCCUCCGGCCUCCAUUCCUCGGGGAGCAUCGCCCUACAACGCUCCCCCUAACGCCCCACCGCCAACUAACCGGUACGCACCCAGCCCGGCUGCCCAGGCUGCAAGCCCGCAGCUGCAGACCCGCGGCCCGGUGGCUCCACCUCCUCCUGCCAGUGCUUCGCCCUACGCCCCGCAAGCAGCAUCACAACCGCCGGCGGCCAACCCAUAUGGGCCCACCACGCCUAUCACCACGCAGCCUCCGCCUAUGGCCCAGGCAGUCCCACCACCGCCUCAGGGAUCUCGACCUGGAACAGCUCAGUCGCAGAGAUCCGCUCCCGCGGCUCCCAAGUACCCUCCUGGCGACCGUUCCCACAUCCCCGCCAACGCACAGCCUAUCUUCGAGAUCCUCUCGGCAGACAUGCAGCGCGUCAAGUCCCGGGCUCCCGCAGCAUUCAAGGCACAGGUUGAAGACGCCGAGCGCCGCUUGAACAUCCUCUUUGACCACCUCAACAACGAGGACCUGCUCAAGCCCAACACCGUUGAGGAUAUGGUCAACCUGGCCCGCGCAAUCCAACAGCGUGAUUUCAAUGCCGCCCUUGGCAUUCACAUUGAUAUCAUGACUAACCGCACUGAUGAGUGUGGCAACUGGAUGGUCGGCGUUAAGCGUCUUAUUAGCAUGAGCCGCGCUACACCGUAA